CGGGGUUCGCGCGUGAAUCAUUAUUAUUCCCGUGUCGCGCCGGUACCUGUCCGAUCUACAGCCGACUUUCGUGCAGUUGUUUUCAAAGAGUUAACCGACAUGAAGGCCGUAGGCGUCAGGAAUGGCAAAGGCGACGCAGAUGCCCUCUUCAUCGAGGAGGGGGUCGCGGAUCCGGUUCCGACGGGGAAUCGCGUGCUGGUGCGCAUCAAGGCUUUUGGUCUGAAUCGCAUGGAUAUUAUGCAGAGAGAGGAUCGGUAUCCGUAUCCGUUGUUACCCGAGUCGGGGAAGAUUAUGGGCGUCGAGUUUAGUGGGAUUGUCGAGGAGAAGGGGCCGGAAUGCUCGGAUGACUUUCAGGUCGGCGACAAGGUGUUUGGUCUCGCUUAUGGAGGAGCAUAUGCCCAGAAGAUUGCAGUGUCGGAGAAGAUGCUCAUGCAUCUGCCCUCGACGUUGUCUUUUGAAGAAGCAGCCGGCAUUCCUGAGACCUCCUUCACGGCUAUCCAAGCCAUUCACUUAGUUGGUAACCUCCAACCUGGUCAAUCAGUGCUUAUCCACGCCGGUGCCUCAGGAGUCGGUCAAUCCGCCAUCCAAAUCGCCAAGGUCGGCGGCGCAUCCAACAUCUUCACCACGGCAGGAAGUGACCAAAAAUGCGACCUAUGUCGCUCCCUCGGGGCAGACUUUGCAGUCAAUUAUCGCUCCGGGGAAGACUUUGCAGAGGUGGUUAGGCGGGAGACGAAUGGUCGCGGUGUAGAUCUGAUUGUCGACCUGGUCGGACGGGACUAUUUCCACCAGAACAUGGCCUCGGCUGCCAUGGACUCCCGCAUGGUGCUGGUAGCAGCGCUCAGUGGAAGCAAGGUGGAUGACUUUGAUCUGCGCGCCUUGCUCAAUAAGCGGAUUUGGCUGCUGGCGACGACAUUGAGAACCAGAUCUGCUGACUAUCAAGGACAGUUAAGGGAUCUGUUUGCCGAGAAGAUCCUUCCUCAUAUGAAGACCGGGGAGGUGAAAACGACGGUGGACAAGGUGUACCCCUGGACGCAGGUGACGGAUGCUCAUAAGCGACUGGAGUCGAAUGUCAACGCUGGAAAGAUUAUUUGUGUGGUUGAUGAGACUUAAGGAGUGGUUUCGUCAUAUGAGUCUACUGUAUAGUUUCCUGGCGUUAAUACUGGAGAUACGACUAUGUGGGAUACAACUGUGAAAUGAACAUGCCAAGAGCGAGGAAG